AUGGGACCUCAAAUAUGUACACUCCUUACCCGUAUCGCCCACGAUGAAACCUACCAGCAACUUUUCUUCAUAAAGCACAACGAGCAUACUUGGAAGAUGGUGUUGCAAGAACAGAAACUAGCGCUAGACUUACUCCUUCAUACCGAUUGGAUGAAACAUAUGAUCAAGCACAAGCGAGUGGUCAAGACUCCAGAGGGGGAGUUGAAAACAACUGCAGAAUGGCCGAAGAAGAUGAGGGUGAUAAGUAGACUAUUCGACGUGAUCCAUCCGCUAGCUGAUGAUGUCAAGGUUUUACCGGGAUCAUCAUCUACUUCUGCAGAGCUGAAGAAACAAGGGUACAGAUUAUGGUGUGAUUGGCAGAAAAGUAAUCAAUAUACAUGGUAUUUCCCAUACGUCGCUGUCAAAAAUCGAUUGUAUCCUAGAUGGUUGAAGAAUAAACCAUUAACAACUUCCAUCACUCAAGUAGAACUUCCCAAGAUAUCAAUAGAUACUUCGGCUUCGACUCAGUCCCAAGCAUCUGGAGGAUCGAUUAUCAAAACAUCUACAUCUACGAUCACCACUCCCCAACCACCCCCUUCACCUCCACCUUCCCGAACUACCUCUCCCUUUCUUCGCUCACCAAGUCGUAGUCAACACGAUCAUCUCUCGCCUUACUUUACCGGUCAAAGUGAGAAACAGAGUCAAAGAGAGGUGCCACCUCAUUUGCAGAAGGUGAAACCUAAAUUGGCAGAAAGUUUACAUGAGUUCAUUGGAAAUUUGAAAUUGGAUGAUAUUCCUAUCGAACCGCCUCCUGAGGGGUGGGAUAACGGCGAUUUAUAUCCUACACCUGCUACCACUCCUAUACCAAUCUCAGGAGAUGAUGGACUAUCUCGUCAAGACAAAGUCAGAAUAGAUCUGGGAUACGGGAUGGAAGUUGGAUAUGGGGACAAUGAGGAGUUGGUAUCAGCUAUGAUGAUGCUAAUGAUCCAAGAGCUGAAUGAAAAACAAUCCAAUUGUAUGGACAAAGUAACAAUAGCAUACGAACCACCCCUAAACCUAUUUGAACGAGCGGUCCUAUGUCUAGUGAUCAAGAUGGGAGGUAGGCUCAUACCGUUAGGCGAUAGAGAGAAGAUGCAAGAAUUCUAUAGGAGGAUAGUGGGCUUGGAGGACAAGAGUGCAUAUAUACUAUGGAAAGAUACGAGUAACUUUGAGAUGAUGUUAGAUGUGGCAGAAGCGAGUAGAGAUAUUUUACCUAUACCGAUCAGCUUAGUUGGGGUCGUGCAGAUGAUGGUCGGGAAUAGGAACAGGGAAAUGGAGAGAGGGAUGGUGGAUCUGAUAACUUUCUGA